UCAUGAUGAAAGUAGGACACUAUAUUACGGGGAGAUCAGUUAUUCAAAUCUUAUCUAGUCUGUAGUCUACUAUCCUGAAUGUAGUUGUUAAUGUUACGGGCCGCGGGGAGUGAGAAUCAUAAAAAAAAACUACAUUGCCCACACACCAACUAUUUCAAAACAGCACGAAUUCAUUUCUUUCUUAAAACAUCCUCUGAUAUCAUAUCAACAAGUAAGCCUAGUUAACGUUAACGUUAGUAGGCUAGUCUAGCUUGGAGAACUUUGACAAAAUGCAGAGCAUAAGUGCCUUUUUUAAACCACCCAAUGGACAGGAAAAAAACAAAAACACGAGCGAGGAAGAAAGUGUCAAAAAGAAGGCUAAAACGGAUGAAAAAAUCUACAAAUUCAACCAGGAUUGGCUAAAGGAUUUCGAGUGGCUAGAGUACCAGGCAUCGACGAAGCUAAUGUUCUGCAAGUUUUGCAAACAAGCCCCGCUGUCACUCGCAGGUUCCUCACUUUUUAUCUCCGGUAAUCCGAAUCUGAAGAGGGAUGCUGUGGUGAAACACUCGACAUCCACUCGGCACUCUCGCUGCAGGGAUGUAUUCAUCAACAAAUCACAGCCCAGCAAUCCACGUACGGUUGAAGCCGCUGUUAGCAGGCAGGUAGCAUUAAGUAACCAAGAAGCUAUUCGUCAGCUAAAAAUUAAAUUCAACAUCGCCUAUCUAAUUGCCAAAGAAGAAGUACCAUUUACCAAAUUCGGACCAAUGAUCGCACUUCACCACAAAAACGGAGUUGACAUUAAUCCUACAUAUGAUAACGAUGUGAGGUGUGCGGAAAUGAUUGGGCAAAUAGCUGAAGACAUAAGGGACGCUCUGGCUGACCAGAUGCAAGCGAGCCGUUACCUGUCAGUCCUGAUUGACGGCGACACUGACAUCUCAAACACCGAAUGUGAGAUUGUCUAUGCGCAUUUCCUGGAGGAUGGGAGACCCGUGACCCGCCUCAUUGGUCAACAGAGUAUAGAACAGGCCCAUGCACAAGGUAUUCUGGAUGGAACCAGUGCUGCUUUUGAUGCACUUGGCACAGUUGACUGGAAAACCAAGUGUGUUGCAUUUGGGGCAGAUGGUGCAGCAGUUAACAUGGGUGUCCAUAGGGGAGUAAUUGCCUUACUCAAGAGGGAUGUGGGAAACCAUGUUAUCCCUAUCCACUGCAUGCCACACAGGUUGGAGUUGGCCAUUCUGAAUUUACAGCGCAAGGAUGCAAUGGUCACAAAAGUAUACAACCUUCUCCAUCUUGUGUGGAAGACCUACCACUUCAGCCCUAAAUCCAGGCGUGAGCUGAAUACAAUUGGGGAGGAGCUUGGAGUGGGGAUCUGCACUCCUUCAAGUGUAAAAGGAACAAGGUGGAUUCCCCAUGUCCACAGAGCACUUAAUGUGCUCCUUCGUGCUGGAAGAGGUGGGAAUCUGGCAACUGAUAGUGGUCAGUAUGCCGCCAUUCACCACCACAUGGAACACCUUGCCUCAUCUGCAGCCAAUGCAGACAUACAAGGUCGUGCUAAAAAGAUUAGGAAGGAAAUGCAUGAAGUUAACUUCUGUGCAUUUAGCCAUUUCCUGGCUGAUGUUUUUCAUGAGCUGGCCUCACUCAGCUGCAUCCUUCAGAGGAAUGAUCUCAUUCUACCUCAAGCAGUUUCAGAAAUUAGGAAGACAGUCAUGGUACUGCAGGCUAUGCAGGGAACCCCUAAGAGAGGUGGCAUGCUAUGCCAGUUUUUGGCUUCUCUUCCAGGACAGCAAAUGGAAGAAGUCACAUUUCAGGGUGUGCCACUCUCUGGUGAUGUGACGGGUAACUUAGGCAAUCAGAAACUAAAAAAAAACAUGACUGCUGUGAUUGCCAUCACUGUGGAAGCCCUGAAUACUCGCUUUGGUAGUCUGAUCAAUGCGGAAACCCAAGACUACUCUGUGGUAAAUUGUUUCACAAUUUUCAACCAUGACACAUGGCCUGAAAAUAGUGAUGAGCUCCUCAACUAUGGAUCUGACAAGGUGGAGGCCCUCGUGGAACACUUUAGUGAUGUGCUUACUAGCUUUGGAUGCCAACUUGAAGCUAUACAAGAGGAAUGGCAGAGUGUUAAGGCACUCAUAAGCCACACAUUUCAGGACAAGUCCUACAGGAGCUUAUGGCAAAUGCUUUUGACUAAAGAGCCAUAUAAAACAGACUACAAGAACCUCCUGCACCUAGUUGAGAUCCUAUUGAUUCUGCCCAUUUCUGCUGCGCAGUGUGAGUGCGGUUUCUCAGCACAAAAGCGCAUCAAGAGCUCUUUAAGAAGUAGUUUGCAUGUAUCUACUACUGUGGACCUGAUUCGGAUCAGCACAGAGGGACCAUCCCUGGAACGUUUUGAUCCUACAAAAUGUGCUGAAAAUUGGCUGUCUGCUGGAAAGAGGUCAAGGCGACCAAGCUACAAAGCUUGGCCAAGUGACUCAGACAUGAUCUUCAUUUCAGAUGAAAUGUGAAACAUGCAUAGGGCCUACAUACAAUAAUAAAUAUACAAUGAAAUCUACAUGACGUUUUGUUUGACAGUUUUGGUC